AUGCAGCACUUGUCUGGGCAUCCUGGGGUUGUGACUCUGCUGGCAGUGUAUGAGGAAGCUGAUUGCUCUCAUCUGGUGAUGGAAUUGUGCUCUGGGGGAAAACUUGUCGACCAGAUGUUUAGGGAGGGCACUUGUUCUGAACAGCGGGCUGCUAAUAUACUUAAGGAAGUGAUGUUGGUCAUCAAGUAUUGUCAUGAUAUGGGAGUUGUGCACAGAGAUAUCAAGCCUGAGAAUAUUCUGCUUACUGCUUCGGGGGAAAUAAAGCUUGCUGAUUUUGGCCUGGCCAUGAGAAUUUCUAAGGGUCAGAACUUGACGGGUUUGGUUGGGAGCCCUGCAUAUGUUGCACCAGAAGUGUUGUUGGGUAGAUACUCAGAAAAGGCGGAUAUAUGGAGUGCUGGAGUGCUCCUGCAUGCUCUGUUGAUUGGUUUUCUUCCAUUUAAAGGGGAUUCACAAGAAGCAGUUUUUGAGGCUAUUAAGAAUUCCAAGCUAGAGUUCCAAACCGGGAUGUGGGAAUCAAUAUCUAAACCUGCACGAGAUCUUGUUGGGAGAAUGCUGACAAGGGAUAUUUCAGCAAGGAUAACAGCUGAUGAAGUACUUAGACAUCCAUGGAUAUCUUUCUACACAGAACGUACAUUGAAGAUCCUUCCCGUUGAAUCAAAGUUGAAGCACCAAAAUGGAGCUGCUUGCCACAACUUUGUUGCUGCACCUGAACCUAGGUUAGGAAGAAACAGGAUGGAUGAUGGGUUCCUUAAUGAGGUUUCAAGCCUUUCUUCAUCAUCUGAAAGUUGUAAUUCAGAAUAUCAUAAUGUUUGUGUGUGGAUUGAUGCACUUGCCAAUGCAAUUUCACAUGUAAGGAUAUCUGAACCAAAGAGGAGCAAGUUGUGGGCAGUUCCAAUUCAUCAGCAAGAUGGUAGCGAGGAGUUUGACCUUGAGUCAAUUAUAUAUAGCAAUGGCGUUUACUUUGAAAAUGGAGUUGACAGCUGCUUGCUUAUUUUCACUGAAAAAAAAAGGAAAAAAAAGUACAGCUACUUGUGUUUAGAAGAGGCGAAUCUUAACUACCGGGGGAUAGAUUUUGAAAGGCUAUAA